AUGGUCAUGUUUUGUGUGCGGUCAGUUUCUUUCUCGGUACUUCUUAAUGGGAGUCCAUUGACGGAUUUUAGGUCAGUUAGGGGUUUGCGUCAGGUAGAUCCGCUAUUGCCUUAUCAGUUCAUUCUAUGCUUGGAAGUGCACUCAAAACUUAUUGAUAGGGAGCAAGUGCCUGGUCACAUCUACGGAGUCCGAAUUGCCUCUUCAGCCAUCCCUAUUAACCAUCUUAUGUUUGCGGAUGACACUUUUCUAUUUUGCAAGGGUAGCUUGAAUGAAGUUGAAGCUUUGAUGAGAUGUGUUGCGGAGUAUGAAGCUUGGUUGGGUCAACGUGUGAGAAGAACCGUGGGGCCAAUUUCACGUUCCUAUGAGAUAAGGUUUGCUGCCGGCUUGAGGGAUGGAAGGCCCGAUUGCUAUCUUGGAGUGGGAAGAGGCCAAGACAAAGGGCGUUAUUUUGUGUGGAAGGAUUGGAAUUUGCCGUGUAAACCAAAAGCGUUGAGAGGACUCGGGUUUCAGAAGUUUAGUGACUUUAAUCUAGCCCUCCUUUCCAAACUAGCGUGGAAUUUGCUUUUUGGAAAGUCCGGUGUGUGUAAUGACAUACUUAAGCAGAAGUAUCUAAAAGAGGUCUCCUUGUGGGAUGUUGAGGCAAAGGGAUCAGACUCUUUUGUUGGGCAUGGGAUCCUCGACGUGAAAAAUUUGGUAGUGAAAGGUGGCUUUUAUUUGGUUGGUGAUGGCUCUCAUCUAUUGAAAUUUGGUCAAGACCUUGGAUUCCUUCCUUGGAAUCAGGCCUUCCUAGAGAAGCUUUCAAUCCAAGCCCUUCCUCUGUUGCGUUUCUCCCUUUAG